GACAGGUGCAAUGUGUGUGUUCAGGUGUGUGUGUGUGUUGCUGUGUGUCACUGUGACUGUGUGUCUGAACCUGCUAGAAGAACCUGUGAUGUUCACUGGACCAACAGGAAGUUUGUUUGGAUUCUCCAUUGACUUUCACUCUCUGAACAACACGUUCUUCAUUGUCAUCGGAGCUCCCAAAGCCAACACCAGCCAGCCAGGAGUGACAGAAGGAGGGGCUGUGUUUCUGUGUACCUGGUCACCUGGAGGAGCUUGUGACAUUAUCGACUUUGACCUGACAGGUGACGAAGAACACAGCAGCUCAGAUCUCAGCUUUCACUCCUUUAAGAGUCGCCAGUGGUUUGGCGCUUCUGUUCGCUCCGUCAGCAGCACACACCUGCUGGCGUGUGCACCACUAUUUCAUUGGAACGUUAAACAGAGAGGGGCUGAGUCAGGGAAAACACCUGUAGGAAAUUGUCUCCUAUUGGACCACAUGACCAGGAGCUCCACACCUUUCUCUCCCUGCAGAGGAAGCUUGAUGGAGGAUGACUACAAGCGGAUGAACAACAGAAAUGAUCACCGCUACUGUGAGGUUGGCUUCAGCACGGAUAUUACCAAGGACGGUCGGCUGGUGCUUGGAGCUCCAGGAAGCUUCUACUUCCAGGGUCAGGUGAUCACAGUGGGCGUCAGUGACAUCAUCAACAGUGGACGGAGCAAUGAACCCAUUCAGUAUGUGACCGGAAUCCACCAGUCAGAUGAACAGGGAGGUUACGACCUUUACCGUGGUUACUCUGUUGCCAGUGGUCUGUUGACUGGAGACUCCACACCGGAUUAUGUGGUCGGGGUUCCUAAUGACAGGAACUUAGCAGGAACUGUGAAGAUCUAUGAUGGCAGGAUGAGGAGUUCCCUGAGAGUUCACCACACCUUCAUGGGAGUUCAGGUGGCGUCCUACUUUGGACACAGCGUGGCCGUAGCCGAUAUUAACAGUGAUGGUCUGGAUGAUGUGCUGGUUGGAGCUCCUCUCUUCAUGGACAGAGUGAUGGAGCAGCUGCAGGAGAGGGGACAGGUGCUUUUAUACCUGCAGAAGAGACAAGCCUCCUUUCCCUCACAGCCCGACCAAUCACUGAUCGGUCAGUCUUUGUAUGGUCGGUUUGGCUCUGCCCUCAUCGUGCUGGGUGACCUGGACAUGGAUGGUUACCAAGAUGUCGCUGUUGGAGCUCCAUGGUCAGGUGACAUUGGUGGAGGGCAGGUGUUUAUUUAUCUGGGCAACAGCAACGGUCUAUCAGCCAUGCCCUCACAGGUGAUUGACAGCCCAUUGCCUUCCAGGAGGUCAGCAUUUGGAUUUUCUCUCAGGUCAGGUGUGGACCUUGAUGGGAAUGGAUACCCAGAUCUGCUGGUUGGGGCGUGGGGUGCAGACCGAGCCUUUCUCUACAGGUCUCAGGCUGUGAUCCAGUCCAGAGUUUCUGUCUCACUGCUGCCGGACUUCCUGAAUCCAGAUGUUAAACUGUGUCAUCACAGAAACAUACCUGUUUCAUGUUUUGCUGUUCGAAUGUGCGUCUAUGUCUCUGGUCACAAAAUCCCUCAGCAGACAGGUCUCAGGGUGGAGCUACAGCUCGACACAAUGAAGCAGCCAAUGGCACGAAGAACUCUGUUGCUGUCGACCAAUCAGCCACAGGAGUCAAUGGAGCUGGUUGUUGAGAGGCAGGUGGGCUGGGCCUGUACCAAUCACACAGCAUACCUGAGGUCUGAGGAGGAGGUUCGGGAUAAACUGAGUUUGAUCUUCAUCACUGCUGAGAUCAGCCUCCUGAACUCUACCCAAAAUGCUCUGCUGCAUGGACAGACUCACACAACAGUCCAGAGCAGGCUGAUUCUGGACUGUGGGGACGAUAACGUUUGCAUUCCUGACCUGAAGCUGAGCGCUAAACCUGUAUCAGACAGCGUGUUGGUCGGAGACGAUCAGUCCGUGUUGUUGUCAGUAUCGGCUAUGAACGAUGGCGAGGGUGCUUAUGAGACCGAACUGGUGGUCCGAAUCCCUGAACACACACACUUCCAGAGCAGUCAGGGUGUAAACCGGCUGGUGUGUGUUCAGAGGAAAGAAAACCAGACGGUUGUUGUCACCUGUGACCUUGGAAACCCCAUGAAACAAAAACAGAAAGUGCAGACCGGGCUCUUGUUUAGUGUCGGCCACCUGGAGGAGGUGGAGAGUCACAUCACUUUUAGCCUCAGAGUUCGGAGUAAGAACUCCGUGAACUCCAGCAGUAACCAGGUGAUAGUGAAGGUUCGGGUGAAGGCGGAGGCCACGCUGGAGAUCAGAGGAGGCUCUGUCCCUUCAGAAGUCCUAUUGCCUGACCUAGACUGGCAGCCUGGAGUGAACCCUCAGAGACUGGAGGAAGUUGGCCCACUGGUCGAGCACGUGUAUGAGAUCAAGAAUCAGGGUCCCAGUUCUGUCAAUGCCCGACUGACUGUGGACUUUCCUUCUACUUGGCGACAUCACUUCCUGCUCAAUGUCAUCUCCACCCCCUCAGAAGAAUCACUGAGUUGUCACACCCUGAACACAUCAGAGGUGGUGCCUUUAGAGCUGCUAGGUAACUUCACUACAGUUUCUCAGUCAAUCCAGCAGGAGGAGACAAACUCCUUCAGACAAACUGUCCAUGUGAACUGCAGCAGCAGAGAGACGAGGUGUGUCAGGUUUGAGUGUGAUGUCAUGGAUUUGGGGCGGGGCUUUAGUGCCGUGAUAAAAGUCUCAGCCCGUCUUUCGAUGGACACGCUCAUGCAGACACCUUACCUGAACUAUGACAUUGUUUCCUCCGCCUCUUAUGAUGUCACCAGCGCAACAUCAAAGGUCCAACCACUGCUGCUCAGCAGUGGACAGACACAGACUCAGUUCAGUGUGGUGUGGCGUCCGCCUCAUGGAGAGAAGCCCGUUCCUAUUAGCUACAUCAUCCUAUCAGUCAUCUCUGGACUCCUCCUCCUCUGUCUGCUCUGCUUCAUCUUCUGGAAGCUGGGCUUCUUUAGGCGCACCAGACCCCCCACUGAUGAUGAUGAUGAUGAUGGUGAAGAUAAUGGACAGCAUCAACUGGCUGAGGAGAGUCACAUGACUGAAUAACACAUCUUCACCUGAAGCUACAAUCAGCUGUUAAUAUCUUACUCAUGUUUCACUGCUGCUGUAAAUAUUCAGCUCACAUCAAAUAAUUCUUCUCACAUAUAAAGCCCUUAAUGAUCUAGCUCCAUCAUACAUCAGAGAUCUGAUUGGUCCAUAUGUUCCUAACAGAGCACUUUGUUCUCAGACUGCAGGU